GGCUUAAAGGAUAUUCAGAAAAUGACGGAGGGAACGAAGGAAGCGUUAAACGAAGCGAAAAAGAAGCGGAGAUGUGCAAAAUCGAGUGUUACAAGGGCAGGAAAUGGCUUGGAUUAUUUAUUUAAAAAUGAGAGACCUAUACCGGAAGUUGAGGAAUCACUCGCUAAUUUGGAAGAUUUAUACAAGAAAUUGGUUGAAAAACACGACGAAUAUAUUCAGUUGGUGGAUGGCGAUGAAGAAUUUGCAACUGAGGAAGAAUGGAUUGAAGAUUGUCAACAGAGGUUUAUGCAGAUAAGGAUCAGAACAAAGGAUUAUUUAAAGGUCAAGUCACAAGGUCAGUUUGAAAAUGAAACAAACCCAGAAACAGGUUUAGUUAGUGAAAAUGGGCAGCAAGAGCAUGACAGUAUCCCUGGGUCUGGUCAAGGCCCAUCCCACCAAGGUGAAGGUCCAUCCCACCAAGGUCAACCCCCAACCCACGAAGGUCAACCCCCAACCCAUGAAGGUCAACCCCCAACCCACGAAGGUCAACCCCCAACCCACCAAGGUCAACCCCUAUCCCACCAAGGUCAAACCCCAUCCCACCAAGGUCAACCCCCAUCCCACCAAGGUCAACCCCUAUCCCACCAAGGUCAAACCCCAUCCCACCAAGGUCAACCUCCAACCCAUCAAGGUCAACCCCCAUCCCACCAAGGUCAACCCCCAUCCCACCAAGGUCAAACCCCAUCCCACCAAGGUCAACCCCCAACCCACCAAGGUCAAGAACACAAUAGUCCAAGUUCAAGUGAGGGUGCAACCUCGUCCCCAGGGCCUUUUAAGGAAGGAGGCGAAGGGCAGCAAAGGCCCUGGUAAAGGCUGGUGAAAUAAUCCACAAAUUCUGGAUUAUUUUGUCACGUGAUAUAUCGGAGCAAAUACUAUACAGGGGGGUGCGAUCGCGGAUUGCUUUAGCUACAAUAUAUUCGUCAAUAUUGCAUAAACACCGAAAAUGAAAAAAUCUGUUAAUAAAGUUCUUCCAAAAAUAUUGAAUACAUUUGAAAUUGUCUUCAAAUUAGCUCUGAGAACCUUGGUUGAACUGUAAAGGAGAUCUAUUAAAUAGACAAAAACGAAUGGAUCGAUAGAAGUAUUUAUACUAUGAUCGAAUUACUGUCGCAAGGAAAUUGCUGCCUCGAUUGUGAAACAGAUAUGUAAAAUACUUUAAUUUAAUAAUAUGGACUCUCAAUACACCAUAUCCAUGAUCAUCAAAACAUUUAAUAGUUAUUGUUGCAUGCUACAAUAGAUCUUUCUUGCAAAUGUCAAUAUCAUACAGUAUAAAAUGAAACAAAUUUUUCAAAAUGCUUUCAAUUUUCGGAGUAUCUAUUGUUUGUAUUUUAUACAGUAUACAUAUUUAACAGUUAAAGCGAGUACAAGACCCAAAGAAUGUCUGAAAAACAAGGAAUGUCAACAUCGUAUGCACUUGGAAUUUAAAUGCUUAUGUUAGCAUUUCCUGAAUUUAGUUAUGUUAACAUUUCCUGAAUUUAAUUGAGUGGAAAUAUUUUAUUUGAUUUUCAUUCUUAUCCCAAGAACAUUGUGAGCACACAUAUAGUGCUUUGGGUUUAGAUAUUUCAAAGGCCAAGCUUCAAAACAAAUGUUGUGAUCUUAAUGAUAAGGCAUUCCCAAACAAUUACAUGCAUGAGGGUCAAAUCAGACAGAAAGCCUCCAUAUGCUUUAUCAAGGCUGAAUAAUAUAAUGAGAAGGAAUUAAUUUCCUCAUACUGUUAACAAGCCCUUGUUUUUGUUUGUAAUCAGUUACACAAAUUACUUCCCAGAACAUUAUUUAAGGAGAUUAUUUGACAAGUCAGCAGGUACAUUUUUUCCUGAGCCACAAUUGGGGCAAUUCGGUGUCACUCAUCACAACAGGCACUCAAAAUCACUCACAACAUACAACAGGCAGUUCAGCAUCACUCACCACAAUUGACCGUUCAAUACUGUGUGCCUUAGUAGGCAAAUAAAUAAUCAAUAUUUUGCUCAGAUCAACAACAAAUAUCAAAAUUGAACUCAUUCUCAAAACAUGAUACAAUAACAAGGGGUCUCUUAUGGACAAAUACAAGACACCUGGUGUCAAAUGUAUCAAGUGACAAGAUUAUUCAUCUCUUUUAAUUUAAAUACAUUUUGCCGCCUUGUAAUAUUAAGUACUAUUUGUUGUUGGUGACCAUCAGUUGAGCAAUUUAAACCAUUCGCAGUGUAUGCUUUAUCAGACCUAAAGAUACUUGGCUUCACCUCGUAUCUUUAUACCUGAUACAACUAUAGUACACAAAAUAAUAACUAUGAUAUUUAGCCUGAACAUUGUUAUAAAUGUAUGAAGGAUAUUAUACAUAUAUUCUUGAUGCUCAACAUUAUCCGAUAAUCAUUUAACAUGAAAUCUGAUAAUCAUUUAACUAUUGAGAAUUGUGUGAAUUCCUGAAUUACUUAUUGUUACAGACUGUACUGACCUCUUGCAAUUAUGACAAUGUCUCUAGUCUGGCAAAAUCUGACAAUGUCUCUAGUUAACCCAUUGAGCUGCAAUGUGGCCCAGUGUGCCCUACUUACUGAAAUUGACUGAUUUGUGGUUUAUGGGUUUUUUUGUGGCAAUUCGUUGGGCAUCACAAGUGCAUUUGAAUUGUAUACCUUAAUACACUGUGAGAAUACAAGUAUUAGUAUUUAAAUGCACAAUAUGAUGUAAGUUACCUUUCAGGUAUAUAAUUUGUAUACAGCAUCAGUGGUGUAACUUAACUUUUUUGACCACUUGCCCUCAGGGCAAGUUGGACAUGAAAAUUGGUUGCCAUGAAUAAAAUCCACUUGCCAUCAGGCAAUGGGGUACAUAUGCGGGCGAGUAUAAAUUAGGGAGACAACAUAUCCACUCAUUGGACUAGUGGCAUUGGCUAUGUUACUGCCUCAGAUCUAGACUACCUCAGAUCUAGCUUUGGCUUACAUAUUGAACAAAAUUUGAAUCAAGUACACUUAUUUAAUGUAACAUUAAUCACCAUUAUUUUUUUAUUAGUUUUACAAUAAGAAAUUGAAGGCACAUACAACAGGACUAAUACAGUCCCAAAUUAAGUCCUGCCAUAAAUUAAGUUCUGCUAUAUUUCGUUAUCAUAUCAUGAAUAAACAUUUAAUAACCAAAAAGAGAAUCAAUGCAUAAUAUAAUCAAACAAUUUAUAUGAAUUUGAUGCAGAUGAUUUGCCAGCUUGAACCAAUGUCGUCGAACAGCCUUUAUUCUAUCCGACAAUAAUAAUAUAAACUGAAAGCUGGCCAGCUUUUUGUGGCAAAGCAACUUGCCCGUUCGGGCAACCAAGAGGAAACUUUUACUUGCCCGUCAUGAUACUCACUUGCCUCGGGCAAGUGUUAAGUUACACCUCUGAGCAUAGUAGUUGCCAUUUGGCAGCUGGUGGUCUGGUUGAAGUGCUCAGAUAAUUUGGGGAGACCCAUGGCAUGCUCUCUCAACAGUGAAGGUUCAAAAACACACAUGCCGGAAUGCUUAUAGAAUACCUCGCCAUUUUUCCGCAUUCAUUGACACAUAAAUAAGUACAAGAAUCACUUCAAAAUAGUUUAAGGGUAAAGUUUAGAGAUUAAAUCAUUUGAGUAUGUUAGUUUGGUUCAAAUUUGACUGGGGGGGGUGGUUGAAGAAUGAGGCAAUCAUAUUAGAUCAAUUUUGAGUAAAUUGACAAUGUUUACAAGGAAUUAAUAGUGGUAAGGUGUGAAAGUGUGAAAAACCAAGCUAAAAGCCCCAAGAAUACCUGAUUGCCACAAUGUCAAAGAACAUAGUUGCUGACUAAGAAACAUCUAUUAGACCAUGUACAGUACUUGAGUCUUGUGAUAAUAUCAGUAAUAUUGCUUUUGUAUUAUACAAUAUACUGUAAACUUGCUGUUAACAUAUUAUAUUAUUAAUAUUCAUAGUUGUCAAAUAUCAUAAAAUCAACACACAAAAUUCACACACAAAGGUUUAAAAUAAUGUAUAUUGGUAUAAACGUUUAAUAAAAAUGCAUACAUACGUAACCCAUGGUCGGCAUGGAAUUUUGUCACUUGGCACAGUACUUUAAUGUUUUUUAAUGUUUGUCCCACAUUAAAAUAUAUUGAGUGACUUGAGUCAAUGACAGUGCAACUGUAAAACUGUUCAUAUUAAAACGUUCUAAUCACAUUUUACAUGCACAUUUGUAUUCAGUAGUAAUCUUUUCAGAAAGGUAUAUCAAAGUCCCAAAUCAAAUUCUUCACUGACAGUAUGUUAUUGACUCCCAAACGACAAAUAUUAUAAAACACGCUUGACGCUUCCAAGCUGAAAAGAAAUAUUUACUGUUGUCAGUCAGUGUUUAGACUCUUCUCUUUGAAUCUUGUUCUUCGACAAGUAUUGCUGUUGAUUAUAUUCCAUAUUUUUUUAAAGAAUAUCGCAGACUAUAUAUUUAUUUCCACUGUCAGUUGAAAUUAAGUUUAUCAUCAUAGUUUCAGUCGCAAAAGCUUCUAUCGCCCCUUUGCACGGCCAUGUUUGAUAAAAUCAAAGCGGCCUGCACCCCCGGUUUGAAAAGUUAAAUAUUCUGAAAUAUUCAAAAUUUGAAGCAUCACGUGACCAGCCUUUACCAGGGCCUUUGCUGCUUCGCCUCCUUCCUCAAUAGGCCCUGGGGACGAGGUUGGUGAGGGUGCCCAAAGUAUUUCAAAUGUUCAACCUGUUUGUGGUUUCAAAAUGGAGAAGCCAAAAAUGCCUCGAUUUAGUGGUGAUGUCAGAGAGUACAGUAUUUUUCGAGAUGACUUUAAGCAUGCUAUUGAAUCUAGAUACACUAAACGAGAUGCAAUGACCUACCUUCGUGCAUGCUUGCAGGGAAAACCCCUAGAGCUUAUCAAAGGAAUUGGUACAGAUUAUGAUGGUGCAUGGCAAUAUUUAGACUCAAUCUAUGGAGACCCCAGAUAUGUGUCGGACCAAGUAACCCAACAUCUGUCAAAGUUCCGACCCCUGAAAGAAGGAGAAGAUUCACGCUUUUGUGAUCUGGUGCAUUUAGUAAAGCGUAGUUUCAAUACGAUGAAGGGAGUGGGAAAACCCCAUGAUAUGGAUAACAAUCACAUGUUAUCACUAAUAGAACAGAAAAUGUGUGUGGAAGAUAGAAAGAUUUGGGCUCGUGAGUUGGAAAGGAAUGAAAAGCCAGCAAGUUUACAAGGUCUCAUUGCUUGGAUGGAGACGGAAAUGAAGUCGAGGAUGCGUGCAACUGCUCCACUGAGAAAUCCGAGUCAGGGUUCGAGAUAUGUCAAUCAGCUAUCUGGAGGAAAACCACCAAAGUGUUGGAUCUGCGACAAUUCAACGCGCUGGGUAGACCAAUGUGAAAAAUUUAAGUCCAUGAGUCCAGAGGACCGUUUGAAAACAGUAAGAGAAAACCACGCUUGUUUCAGUUGUCUUAAGAAGGCCGGACGUGACCACAGAGCAUCAAACUGUAGCAGAAGGAAGCAGUGUACUCGGAAAAUAAGUGGCGUUCAAUGUAAAUAUUAUCAUCAUAUUCUUUUGCAUCCUUCAAAUCCUGCAGCAUCAGUGGGCGUAGCAUCGGUAGAAAACAACACGGAAGCAAUGCUGCCAGUUAUAACAGUGAAGAUAUCUGGAAAGAACAAUCGACACAAACAAGGGAACAUUCUACUUGACUCUGGAGCACAAAUAAGUCUGAUUUGCACAAGUACAGCAAAGAAUUUGGAUUUAAAGGGAAAGGAUGUUUCGAUAACUAUUAGAAAAGUGGGCGGUGAAGAAGAAGUGUUGGCGACAAAAGUAUAUCAAGUUCCCAUUACGUCAUUGGAGUCUGGUGCGAAGUUCACAGUCAAAGCUGUUGGAAUUCCACAUAUUAGCGAUGACAUUUCAAAUAUCAAUAUUGGUGAAAUGGCAAAAGGAAUUGGAAUCCCUGAAGUGAAAAUUUACCGAGAAUGUGGCCCAAUCGAUAUGCUUAUUGGGAUUGAUCACGCUUAUAUGCAUACUGGAGACACAAAGAAAGUUGGUAACGUUGUUGCGAGACAUUCACCUCUUGGUUGGAUUAUUUUUGGAGCGAUACCAGGCUUGCAGCAAACCAGUAGAAUAUUUCAUGUCCAGUAUACAAGACCUGUAGAUCUCACUGACUUUUGGACGAGCGAAGCAAUGGGAGUUAGUCAAUCAAAUAUUGAAAUGCCAAAGUUGAGCAAGAUCGAGCAAGAAGAAACCAAACUAAUCGAUAUCGAGCAAGGAUGCAAGCUAAUUGGAAAUAAAUGGGAAAUGGCGUACCCUUGGAAAACUGACCCCAAAACCCUUCCCGACAACCGAGAACAAGCUGUGAAGAAGAUGGAAGCAACUGAAAAACGAUUGAAAGGGAAUCUACAGCAUGCAAAAGCAUAUCAAGAACAAAUGGAGCAGAUGGAAGAUCUCGGCUUUUCGCGAAAGCUAAUAGAAAGAGAAAUAAAUGAUUACAAAGGUCCCGUUCACUAUAUAGCUCACCAUGAAGUUGUUCGACCUGAUAAGAAGAGCACGCCAGUAAGAAUCGUAUUUAAUUCUUCAGCAAGAUACAAGGGACACUGUCUUAACGAUUGUUGGAUAAAAGGUCCUGACCUUUUGAACAGCAUGUUGGGAGUUAUCCUCAGAUUCAGAGAGCAACCGGUCGCUGUAAGCGGAGAUAUAUCAAAGAUGUAUCACAGAAUUGGAAUACCGGAAGAAGACCAGCAUGUACAUCGGUUUUUGUGGCGAGAUAUGGAUACAACUAGACCACCAGACACUUACGUAAAAACUGUGUUAACCUUUGGUGACAAACCAGCACCGGCAAUGGCACAAAUUGCAUUGAGAAAGACGGCAGACCAAGCAAAAAACGCUCAUCCAUAUGCAGCCGAAGUGUUGAAAAAGAAUACGUACAUGGAUGAUAUUUGUGAUUCCGUACCCAAUGUCGAAUGUGCCCAGCAACUGACGAAAGAUCUGGACGAAAUCUUAGAUAAAGGAGGCUUUAAAGUGAAAGAGUGGUUAUCGAACGAAAUUCUAGAGGAAAAUCUACCGUCUGAAGAAAGAUCAAGUGUUAAGUUUUUGGAAGGUGAAUCCGAAGAAAAGGUUCUAGGUGUUGUCUGGAACAAUAGUAAGGACGCUUUCACGUUUAAAUGUAAAGCUAAUGAGCUAUCUGUACCGUCACAAGAAAAUUCAAGCGAGUUGAAAUUAACGAAGAGAAAGAUUCUUAGUAAAGUGGCUCGUGUAUUUGAUCCAAUUGGAUUCGCAGCUGCGUUCCUGGUCCGUGCAAAAAUCGGUUUACAACGACUCUGGCAGCAAGGAUUAGAUUGGGACGAAGAACUUUCAUCUGAG